UGAAAGUGAUGUAUGUAACUAAGAAAACUCGAUCGUGAUCUCCUAACAUAUCUACGCGUUAAACAUUAUGACAUGGUUAUACUUGGACAAUAUAAAGCGACAAACGAUACGACCAUAACAAAAACUUUCGCCGUGUCUACAAAAAAAAAUGGAGCUAUUCACGAAAAGUCCCGCCGUUAGAUUACGGAGCUGUCACGAAAAGUACCUCUUCGCCGCUGACGACGAAAAAACCGUCCGUCAAAGCUCAGACGGAGCCUCACGGCAAUCAGUGUGGACGGUGGAGAUGGUGCCACGUAAGCCUAACUUCAUCCGUCUCAAAAGCUGUUACGGCAAGUACUUAACGGCGAGUGACUCGUCGUUUCUUCUUGGCAUGACCGGCCAGAGAGUCAUCCAAACGCCGCCGUUUCGUCAGGCUGAGCACGAGAGCAACUGGGAGCCAAUCAGAGACGACUUGCCGGUGAAACUCAUGUCGUGGAACGGUAAAUAUUUGCGCGGGAACGGUGGAUCGCCGCCGUGGAAAAACUCCGUCACGCACGACCGUGAGCCGACCAUGGCAGCAACGAAGAAAUGGAUCUUGUGGUCUGUAGAAACCGUUGAGAGUCCCGAGAAGGUUUCGUUCGCGGAUCGGUUUUCGUCGCCAGCUUCGAGUUUUAACUCUUCUGUCUCCGACGAGUCAAACAACGAGUCAAAGGUUAAAAAAUCAUUUAAUUGUGGAUCUUCCAACUCCAUCGGGUCGGAUCCUGGGUCGGUUUUUUCUCCGAAGCUUAUGUUUACUCCGACAAUGUCGGGGACAUUGUCCCCAAAACCGACCGAGAGGAAAGAUUUGAAGAAAAAUGUAUCAGCAAUGGAGAUCUUUCGCGAUGCGAGAUCGGUGCGGUUACGUAGCAGCGCACACGAGAAGUAUUUAGUAGCAGAUGAUGAUGAAGAGAGUGUGAUAAUGGGCCGAAACGGGUCGUCGAAAGAGGCCCGUUGGAGAGUUGAGUUGGUACCCGGUUCCGAAAAGAUCAUCCGGUUAAAGAGCUGUCACGGUGGAUAUUUGACGGCGUCGAACGAGCGGUUGAUGCUGGGAGCAACGGGGCAUAAGGUGGUUCAGUCGAGGAGGAUUCGAACCGGUGAACCGGCGGGCGAGUGGGAACCGGUUAAAGAAGGGUCAAAGGUGAAGCUCAGGAGUAGAAACGGCGGGAAUUAUUUGAGAGCCAAUGGGGGAGUGCCACCUUGGAGGAAUACGGUUACGCAUGAUACACCGAACCGGACUGCUACGCAGAGUUGGGUGGUUUGGGAUGUUGAUGUGGUAGAGAUUAUGGAGCGUUCUCAUGGAACCGGUUAAUUAUAUACUGGGUUCUAACUCCUCUAAGGUUCUGGACUGCAAGCAGAUUAGUUUUGUAAUAAUGAACUGGGCUCAGAAUCCGCUUACCCAGCCCAUAACAGUAACCAUAAACCACUUGAAAAAUGUGUGAUUGAAUUUUUGAAUUAAAUACCGAAAAUGUUUUGUUUAA